UUCAGUAGCAUUUGAACUGGCAAACACAACGGAUCGAGCUAUAUACAGAGAGAGAGAGAGAGAGAGAGAGAUAAUGGAUGUCAACAAAUGGGAGUCGAAUGAAGAAUUGGAAUAUUUUAGGGAAUAUCUGCGCAUUCCCAGUGUCCAUCCUAAUCCAAAUUAUGAUGCCUGCUUGGAGUUUCUACAAAAGCAGGCAAAACUAUUGAAUUUGCCUGUGGAAGUUUACUAUCCGCUGAAUAAACAGAAUCCAGUUGUCAUUUUAACCUGGCUGGGUCUGGAACCCGAGUUGCCAACGGUGCUGCUCAACUCGCAUAUGGAUGUGGUUCCAGUAUUUCCCGAAAAUUGGACUCAUCCACCAUUUGGAGCGGAUAUCGAUGAGAAGGGACGCAUCUAUGCUCGUGGUACCCAGGAUAUGAAGUGUGUGGGCAUGCAAUAUUUGGCUGCCAUAAGAUCUCUAAUACGCCAUGGUGUCCGCUGCAAACGCACCAUACACAUCUCCUUUGUGGCCGAUGAGGAAAUGGGCGGACGCCAGGGAAUGCGUCCAUUUGUGCAUACUCCAGAGUUUCGUUCACUUAAUGUGGGCUUUGGCCUUGACGAGGGCCUCGCAUCGCCGACAGAAGAGUUUCCCGUCUUCUAUGCCGAGCGCAGUGUGUGGCGAGUUUACUUUAAGAUAAGUGGUUCAGCUGGUCACGGUUCGCUUCUGUUGCCAAAUACAGCUGGCGAAAAGUUGAACUAUAUUCUUGGUAAAAUGAUGGCAUUGCGCCAAGUGCAAGUUGAAACGCUGGCAAAUAAUCCAGAGUUGAGCAUUGGAGAUGUGACCACAAUAAAUCUGACACGUGUAGAGGGUGGGGUACAGAGUAAUGUAGUGCCACCACAGCUUACAGCAGGAUUCGAUUGUCGCCUGGCCUUGGAUGUAGAUCAUCAGGAGUUCGAAGCUAAGUUGCAUAAAUGGUGUGAGGAAGCUGGUGGCGGCAUUGAACUAGAAUAUGAACAGAAACAACCUCGAGUAAAGCCCACAUCCACAGAUGCUAGUAAUCCCUAUUGGUUGGCCUUCAAGAAAGCUAUUGACGAUCUAGAUCUUAAAAUUAAACCACAAAUCUUUACGGGUGGCACUGAUAGUCGUUAUAUACGCCAAGUGGGCAUUCCUGCCCUGGGCUUCUCUCCCAUGAACUAUACACCAGUUUUAUUACACGAUCAUGAUGAAUAUCUUCAGGCCGACAUCUAUUUGAAGGGUGUGGAAAUCUACACAAAGAUUAUAAGCAAUGUGGCCAAUGUUUAGGAAGAUGCUUUUAAAUAAACAAAUAUUUCUAUCUCUCUUCAUGAUAA